AUGCCAUCCUCAGAAUGGUACAGGAAACUGAUUGGUGCACAUUUCUGCAUGCACCCCGACCCGGAGCCUGGUUCUGUCGUCGUCGUCACGAACGGCGUGAACCAUAUCAACCACGCAACCGGCGCUGAUGGUCCGCCAGAGAUGUGGAUAGAUGAGUGGUACUACUUUACUUCUUACCUGGCCGAGAAUGACAAUCUCGAGAUUUUACUGGCAGGAGACACCAAGACCUUCAAAGGAGGCAAGCACGGGCCAAAUCAUCCACUUGCGUGGUGCCAGGAGCUCGAGAGCAGAAGGAGCGCGUAA